AAUAUGAUCUAUUAUUAUUUUUUUUAAUUACGAAGAUAUCAUCAACUGAAUCAUGUCUCCCGGAAACAUCUUGGACAGCCUCAAAUUUAUCAUUUUGCUUAUUUAUUACUGUUUUGAAGCCUUCAUUUUGAUGUUCUUUUCUGUGAGAAAGGAUGUUACUGGACAAGUAGUGCUUGUUACAGGAUCUGCAAAUGGAAUUGGAAGACAGAUUGCAUUAAAUUUUGCACGUCUUGGUGCAAUUCUAGUUCUCUGGGAUAUUGAUGAAGAACACAACAAAGAAACUGCUGAGCUUGUCCUAGCCAGUGGGGCUCUAGCUGUUUAUACCUACAAAUGUGAUUUGCGCAUAAAGAAAGAAAUCUAUGCAGUGGCAGAUCAGGUUAAAAAAGAAGUAGGAGAUGUAAAUAUUCUAAUCAACAACGCAGGUAUAUUGUGUGGAAAGGAUUUCAUUGAUCUUCCUGACUCUGAUAUGGAAGAAACACUAGAAGUCAACACUAAGGCACAUUUCUGGACUUGCAAAGCCUUUCUUCCAGCCAUGAUUGCUUGCAACCGGGGACAUUUGGUUACUAUUGCAAGUAUAGCAGCACUGUGUGGCUGCUACAAACUUACAGACUAUUCUGCAAGCAAAUCUGCAGCAUUUGGCUUUUUAGAAUCUAUUGCUUUUGAACUGAGAAAUACAGGAAACAAAGGCAUUAAAACAACCAUCGUUUGUCCUGGUUACGUGGAUACAAAAUUAAUUACUAACGCAAAAACAGUGAGGCCAAUUCGACUUCCUGUCUUCAAUGCAGAAUAUAUAGGCAGGCAGAUUGUGGAUGGUAUUCUGAAAGAGAAAUUUUAUGUGGUCUUGCCACCCUAUGCACGACUUAUUCUUCUUAAAAUAUUUCUUCCUGAAAAAGUGGUUUUGCAUCUUGCAGAAUAUCUUGGAAUCUAAUUUAGAUUACUUCAGAGGCUGGG